CGGCGGCGGCCAACAACACGGCGGCAACGGCAGGUGACGUGACGCAGGGGUGAGGAGCCGCCGCCGUCAUCGUCGCCGAGCGCGGGGCCGCCGCCGCUGUGCCCGUUGGCGGACGUGGCGGGCGCGGCAGAUCCCGCGCUCGAGCCGGCCUUGCCCUUGGCCUGGCUCUCCUUCCUGUGCAGCCGGCCCCUUGAGUCUUCGAGGCCCUCGGCGCUCCGCACGUGGGGCGCGCUGCCCAGGUCGGGGCCGUGGUCGACCGCCUCGAAGUCGGACGUUUCCAGGCUGACCCGUGUUGGCCUGCUGCAUGCGAGGUCCCUGUGGGCCUGGGGUUCGCCUGGGGCCCAUGGGUCGGCGGCCCGGGGUCCUGGUGGAUGAUGGCCGUUUUUUUGAGUAUUUUUCAUUCAUUAUUCGUCGAAAUCUCCCUGUAGGGGGACAGGCCCGACAUAAGGAUGGCCGGGCGGACUGGCGGCGCCCCGCGUGGAGCGGUCGGCUCAGACGGCAGCGUGGCCAAGUGGUAUCUCUGGCAGAGAUUUAGCAGAGAUUCUGCUGCCGCGCCUGGGGAUGCGGGAGUUGCUGUCGCCGGCGGCCCCGCUGGCAAGCUGGGGGCGCUUGGUGCCGCAGAGGCGGGCGCCGCCGGUGUGGCCGCGGCAUUGGUUGUGCCCGGCUGUCCGCACCGUGGGAGGCGGAGUGAUCGCCGCUCGCCUGGGCGGCGAAGCUGGGCGCUUCACUGGGCGCAGCCAUGGGGCCGCCGUCUGGUGCCAGGGUUGGCCCUUUGAGCUCUGCUUCACAGUCGCGUUGCGCUCAGCUGCCUGCUUCGCAAUCGCGGGGUGCUCCGCGUGCUCGCUCUCUGUUGUGGACUUUCUGAAGAGUCGCCAAUCGCGCGCUCUUCCGCCCACGCGUCCCGCAGGAUGCACGGCUUAGUGGUGGUGGUGGUGGUGCGCUUCUGGUUCUGCCCCGAACUUCCGCGACUCGCGGCCGGAGUUGGCCUGGUUCGGUGGAGCCUUUGGGGCGGCCGAUUCUGUGCGAAGGGGUGGCCACCGUGCUGAGGAGGA